AUGGCGGCGGUGACGAGAGGCUCCUUCAGUGUUUUCAGGCGAUUGUUGUCUCAGCAGUAUCGCCGCCGCUGCUUCCGUCCUCUCAGCCUCCGCUCCGAGCGCAGUGUCCAGACUUCAUCCUUCACGUGUGAGAGAAGCCUGCGGAGAGUGGCCUUCAGGUCCAUCCACACCAGCAUCAUGCACCAUGGGCCCGUCGUCCAGUUCAAACUGUCCGACAUCGGAGAGGGCAUCAUGGAGGUGACGAUGAAAGAAUGGUACGUGAAGGAGGGGGACAAAGUGUCUCAGUUCGACAGCAUCUGUGAGGUGCAGAGCGACAAAGCCUCGGUCACCAUCACGAGCCGAUACGACGGCGUCAUCAAGAAACUCUACUACGAGCUGGACGCCACAGCGCUGGUGGGAAUGCCCCUCGUGGACAUCGAGACGGAGCAGGAAUCAGAGGUGACCCAGGAGGAGGACGUGGUGGAGACUCCUGCGAUGGCCCGAGAGGAGCACACGCACCAGGAGAUCAAAGGACACAAGACUCAGGCCACUCCUGCCGUGAGGCGCCUGGCCAUCGAGAACAACAUUAAGCUGAGCGAGGUUGUGGGCACGGGCAGAGACGGCCGCAUCCUCAAAGAAGACAUCCUGAACUUCCUGUCGCGUCAGACGGGCGCCAUCUUACCCCCGGCGCCGUUCCAGGAGAUCCGGCCCCCUCCCCCUGCUUCUGCUGCUGCCACGGCAACCGCACCCGUCACCGCUGUGAGCAAACCCCCGCCGGUCGCUAUGCCCAAACCCGUGUUCAGCGGGAAGAACGUCACAGAACCGCUCAAAGGUUUCCACAAAGCGAUGGUGAAGACGAUGACAGCGGCGUUGAAUAUUCCACACUUCGGAUACUGUGACGAGGUGGACCUGAGCCGCCUGGUGUCUCUGCGCAAAGACCUGCAGUCCCUGACCGCGCCACAGGGGGUCAGGCUCAGCUACAUGCCCUUCUUCAUCAAGGCUGCGUCUCUGGGGCUCUUGCACUUCCCCAUUCUCAACGCCUCCCUGGAUGAAGCCUGUCAGAACAUCACAUACAAGGCGUCCCAUAACAUCGGCCUAGCCAUGGACACGGCUCAGGGGCUGCUGGUGCCCAACGUGAAGAACGUGCAAACGCUGAGUGUGUUUGAGAUCGCUCAGGAGCUGACCAGACUGCAGACUCUGGGGGCCGCGGGUCAACUGGGGACCGGGGACCUGAGCGGAGGAACCUUCACUCUGUCUAACAUAGGAUCUAUUGGAGGAACGUACGCUAAGCCUGUAAUUCUGCCUCCAGAGGUCGCUAUUGGGGCUUUAGGAAAAAUCCAGGUGCUUCCACGAUUUGACUCUGCGGGUCAUGUGACUGCAGCCCACAUCAUGAAUGUCAGCUGGUCAGCAGACCACCGCAUCAUUGACGGCGCCACCAUGUGUCGCUUCUCCAACAUGUGGAAGGAUUACCUGGAGAGUCCAGAGCGUAUGCUGCUGCACCUCAGAUGA